AUGGCUGCGGCGUGGCUGCGCGUCCCGCGGGAGCUCCGCGGCCGCUUAGGCGCGCUGGCCUUCAGCAGCCGAGCCCCCCGCCAGCCCGGAGGGCGGCCGGAGACCGAGGGGAAGCUCACCCGCGCCUGGCAAGCAGAAGGCAUCCGGAACGUCGUCUUGAGCCACCCUCGGCGAAGGAACGCGCUCUCGCUCGCCAUGCUGAAGUCUCUCCGCGAAGACCUUCUGCGCGAUAUCGACAGCCCGGAUCUGCGAGUCAUUAUCAUUUCAGGCGAAGGACCUGUUUUCUCCUCAGGGCAUGACUUAAAGGAAUUGUCUCAUGAGACAGGUGAGAAAUAUCACCAGGAAGUCUUCGAGACCUGCGUCGAAGUCACAUCUUUGCUUCCGAAGCUGCCGGUACCCGUAAUUGCCAAGGUCAACGGCCUCGCCACUGCUGCUGGCUGCCAGCUGGUAGCGAGCUGCGAUAUUGCCGUGGCGAGCGAAGAAUCUACGUUUGCCACCCCCGGAAUAAACGUCGGGCUGUUCUGCUCGACGCCGGCUGUGCCCGUGGGAAGAUCUCUCCCUAGGAAGGUGGCUCUGGAGAUGCUCUUCACAGGGGAGCCCAUAACAGCUCAAGAGGCCCUCCUUCAUGGGCUGGUAAGCCGGGUGGUCCCGGCGGAGAAGCUGGAAGACGAGACACUGAGAAUCGCCCGCAAGAUAUGCGAGAGCAGCAGGACCGUCUUGGCUCUGGGGAAAGCCACCUUUUACAAGCAGAUGGCUCAAGACGUCGAGGCGGCCUACAGGACGACAUCGGGGGUCAUGGUGGACAAUCUCGCCCUGGAGGACGGGCGAGAAGGGAUCGAGGCCUUCCUCCGUAAACGCAAACCUGUCUGGUCUCGGUCGGGACGCAAAGGGUCCCCCCCGUGA